GUCUGCUCCCUUAGACCAUGCCAAAGCUGCAAGCCUGUUAGGGUUUUUGUUUGUUUGUUUUGAGUACUGUGGAUUGAACCCAGGGGCAUUUUACCACUGAACUACAUCCUCACAUCUUUUUAUUUUUUAUUUUGAGACAGGGUCUCACUAAGUUGUUCAGGCUAGCCUCAAAUUUAUGGUCCUCCUAUCUCAGCCUCCCAAAUCAUUGGGAUUACAGGCAUGUGCCACCUCUCCCAGCCUACAAGUCUAUUUUAAUGGGACUAAUUAGUGGUGUUGCAGAUGUUGUCACCUGCAGGCCUGGAUGUACUUCUAAGAAGGAUUCUAAUUCAAUUCAAAGUGCUCACAUUCCAGUGGGUUCAGAACCUGUUUGGCAUGGCAUCUAAUGAGAACUGGAAGGUUUCAAUAACUGUUGGAAGGCCCUAAAGCAGAUUGUAUAGUGGCAUCUGAUGGAUCCAGGGACCUGGGUGGAACCAAGGAAUCCCCAUUCUACUCUCCUCCCACCCACACACCAACAGGGUUCCAUGAAUCAACAAAGCCUGAAAGAAUACCUCAGCUCAUUUUUGAAUCUUGAACCCUUCAUACUCUCUAGCCUGAUAGCUCGUCGUUCUUGGCUAAAAGAAUCUGCCUGGUUUCUGGCCUGAGCCAAGACUGUUGCUAGUAAGUAGAAGUUCCAGGGCUAGGGCAUAAAACACUACAGAGUGGCAGAUCUUUCUGUCUGCCAGGAGACAGUUCUUGCUUCCCCAGCUGGUCUAGGAAUGCUUCAGCCUGUGGCUGAGUGCCUGAAAUGAGAGCACUAGGCUCUGCCUCCCGUGUGGCCCGCCCAGCAUGCAGCAGGGGUAUUGUGCUUUGCAGCUGAUGAUCUUGGCUGAGCAGCUCUCUGGAGGCUGGGGUGAACUGGGUGUCAGGGGCUGGCAUACUGUUAGUAGCAGGAUGUUUGGAGGGUGAGGACAGAUAGUAAGGUAGCAUUACUGUUUGAGAUCUUUCCUCCCCCUUGGGAGAGUCAAGCCAGUGCUACCAAGCCCUUUUUCCUAUUAAAUAAGCAUCCCACCCAUUAGGCAGGAACAGGCUGCUACUGCCAAAACCAAAGAUUCCCUUUUCUGGAGGGUGGAAAGAACCCCCAGGAGGUGACGAGGCCACAAGCCAGUCCCUCCCUAUUCUGCAUUGAAGACUGACACGCAUAACAACACUGGAGCAGUCUGCAGUGGAAAGUUGGAGCUGUGGUAUGUGGCAGGCAAAUGAGGGAGCAGAGAGCUGCUAGGAAGAGUGAGACUCAGAGGACGAGGUGCAGCAUGGCCAGGACACCGCAGUUACUGGCUUAUCUGGUGGUAGCCAUUUGCCUCUUCCCUGGAGCAACAACAACCCAUCACCAUGCAGGGCAGCCUGAGGACAGCGCCAGCGCAGGAGGUGGCCUGCAGGACCCAGAGGCCCCGGAAGUGAUGUUUGAGCUGCUCUGGGCUGGGCUGGAGCUGGAUGUCAUGGGGCAGCUGUACAUCCAGGAUGAAGAACUAGCAUCCACACGUCCAGGUCGCCGACUCAGGCUCCUCCUGCAGCACCGAGUGCCCAGUGACUUGGAGGGUGCUGAGCAGCAGCUGCAGCAAUUCCAGGACCUGCGGAAGGGGCCUCCUCUUAGUCCUUGGGACUUUGAACAUCUGCUCCUCACAGGCCUAUCCUGCGUCUACCGGCUCCAUGCUGCUAGUGAGGCUGAGGAGAGGGGUCGCUGGGCCCAGGUCUUCUCCCUCCUGGCACAGGAAACACUCUGGGACCUAUGUAAGGAUUUCUGCCCACAGGGCCAGUACCCUUGGCUGGGACCCCGGGCCUCCAUCCUUGACCCCUUUCCCUAACCCUUCCCUUUCACCUGUCCUUUUCCCCUCCUAUCAUGCCCUACCCCCACUCCCCCCCCCCAAAAAAAAAAAAAAAAAAAAAAAACCUGAGCUAGACCCAUCCUGGGCAGGGACUCUCAUCUGGCACCUGUUUUUCCUAUUCAGAUUUAUGGGCUGGGCUUGCACCUUGGACCCCCCCCCACAACACCCCAUGCUUACCCCUACCCUUUCUUGUUCCAUGGACCCUGAUAGGGCUAAGAGCCCAGGGCAUGGAAUGGGCAGCAGGCACACAGUUAAGGGCAAGACUUGUGGGCAGUGUGUGUUUAAGGGAUGCUGAAAGGGAAAGUUCAGGUCAGAACUUCCACCCUCCAAGCCCUACCCUGGCAGUCUGUGAGAGGUCCUGUGGAAGCUAAACAAACCUGUACAACCAGCAUCCAGUCCUAGUUUAGAUACUCCUCUCAAGCCUGACCAGGGCUUUAGAGUCCCUUGAACCUGCAAGUUCCCCAUAUGGAUUGGGAGCCCAGGUUGGACCUCCUGAGUUCUGUCCAUUGGAGGAGUGGAGGGAAUCAGGUGGAGGAACAUUAACUUCUUGGAGGAAAGGAAGGCAAAUGUCUUCUGUUCCAUCUCAACAAGCCUCAGAGGAACAUCUCAGAGAAAGGAGUAAGGCUGGGAGAGGACCCACCCACCCAGAGAGACUAGCUGAUGCAGGCUGUGGUAGGUGUAUCCCAGAUUCUGUGUAUCUCUUCUCAUAAAAACUCUGUUCUGGC